CUGGGGGGAAGAAAAAUUCUUUGUGAAAACUCCUACCUCUCAGCUCCCUGGAAAAUGACCAUCAAUUUCACUUACCUUACACAUGACCCCAAAAUACGAGAAUUGCAGAAAUUGUUGUUAGCAUAUUGGUUGUUAGCAUAUUGUUCAGCAAUUUGGCAGACUUGCACACUUGCAAAAUCAUAGAAUCACAGAAGUGUAGGACUGGAAGGGACCUCAACAGGUCAUCUAGUCCAGUCCCCUGCACUCAAGGCAGGUCUAAGUAAAACUAGACCAUUCCUGACAGGUGUUUGUCUCUGUAACAGUUUGUGCUGGCGUGUUUGUACUGGGUGAAAUUUACCUAUGUUCAAAGGAUCAGCACAAGGCCUAUGACACACUCAGUACCCAGCUUAAGCUUUAUUUCACAAUCCUCUGCACAGGAUGUUUUUAACAUUAAUAGUGGUGCCAUCUGUUAUCAGCUGAACCUGUGUGGAUAGUAUUUCAUACUUCAGACCAUUGGACAUUGUCAGACCGCUUUGGUAUCAUUGCAGAUAAUUGCCAGUUGGAAACAUCAGCUAAUAACUACAUGCUUUACUGCUGUUUCAGGUUAAGGAACUGGCCUGGGACUCAGGAGAGCUGGGUUCAAUUCCCAGCUCUGCCAUGGAAUUUCUCUCUCAGCUUAAGUCAUGUGAUCUCUCUAUUCUCACUUCCAGUUCCUCCUAUCCCUUGUCUGCCUUUUUCAUUUAGAUAGUGUUUUCCCAUUAGUGUCUAGCAAAAGGGGCCUGCAUCUCUCUUGGGGCCUUGAGCCACGAGUGUAAUAGAAAUAAUUAUAGUAAUACAAUCCGUGCCUGCAUUCCUUGUAUGUCCAAAACUCCCUAAUGAAAACAACUGGGUGUGUGUGGAAUGCAGGAUUCAGCCCAUCACCUGCACAUAAGGUGGCUUUUAUAAAUGAUCUUUCAUGAAUCAACUUCUAUUUUAAUGUUUUGAGAAAUUUUUCUUUAGUGUUUGUGAUAAAAUAAUUAUGUACGCAAACAACCUUUCAGCCUAUCCUUUUUCUUUGGUAUAGGUCUUUCUACCCACCAGCAAACAAACUACUGGAGUUGCUUUUCAUUUGUGGACAUUGCCUUUAAAUAGAAAAGGACCAACAUUUAUUAUGCAGAAUCUUCUGUUGGGUGGAUUGUUUUUCUAUUUUCUUUUAACAUUUAAAGUUCAAAAAGCUACCCCUUUUCCUUCUAUAUUUAACUUUAACUUUUAAUACAUGUCUGAAUAAGUUAAGGUGUUUGCCUAGAAAAAAAAAUCAUUCCCAAUGUAAUUUUUUUCUACAAAUAAAAUGUCUGUGUCUUUGGGCCAUGGGGCCUCAGGGUAAUUAUGGAAAAGACACUACAAACAGAGGCUUUAGAAGAGUGCUUUCAUUAUGGACUUCGAGGUACUCAAGAGCCUGAAUACAGUAGCUUUAAAACACUCAUUAAAUCAUAGAACUUAGAGAUGGAAGAGGACUUUUUGGCUAUCUGGUCCAUCCUCCUCCUAGUGCAGGGCAGUCCUUGGCAGUAUAUUUAUUGGUGUUUUGACUAGUCUCACCUUAAAUAAAGUUCAGGGCUUUCAAACCGUUUCCUUGGGGGAAUGAUACUACAGUCUUAACACUGUUCCCUUUUCUUAAUUUUGCCCAUUUGUCCCUAAAUAAUUACUCUGCCUCCUAUGUUUAUAACCUUCAAAUGUUUGUAGGUGGUUAUCCAUCCUCACCUUUAAUCAUCACUUAGCCAAUCUAUACUUAUUGUAAUAACUCUAUGAUAGGGUGAUCAGAUGUCCUGAUUUUAUAGGGACAGGCCUGAUAUUCGGGGCUUUGUCUUAUGCAAGCACCUAUUACCCCCCUCCUCCUGUCCCAAUUUUUUACAUUUGCUAUCUUGUCACCCUACUCUGUGACCACCUAGGAAUUUCCCGGUGUCACUGUGUUGCACACCAUGGCCACUCAGAACUUCACUAUGACAAUGAGCAUAGAAAUUGUAGCCUUCUAUUCCAAAAGCACAGACUCCUACCCAGUGCUUGAUUUGUGCCAGGGCUUGCAGGGGCUGAGCCCUGGCACCUCUAGGUUUGGCAGUUCCUAGUCCUGGCACCUCUAGGCUUGCCAUGUCACUUAAGAAAGUAAAAAAAUUGCUUGAGCCCCAGCAACUCUUUCAAAACAAAUUAAGCACUGCUCCUACCACCUGAGUAAGAAAAGAGUUGAUAUUAGUAGCAUAGAGCCUAAGACACACAAUUCCAGCCUGUAGUGGGCAGUGGAGCACAAACACACUAGCUGUUCUAUUACAUGCUGCCUUAGUUAGAGGAAGCUAAUUUCAGCGCAUCUGGGAUUCACAGGAGUUUAAAUCUUAAACCCACAGGAGUUUAAAUUAUUCCUGGAUACUAACACGCAUCUUUGAGACUGCUUAGGACUCAGAUUUGCUGCUGUUCCACACAGCAGUGAUGCUCAGAACUUCACAACAACAGUUGGGAUUGAAUUUAGUAAAGGGUUACUUUGGAAGGUUAUUUUAAACAUGACAAGGCAGAUAUUCAGGUGGGGUUAAUUGUCAUAGCUCUUCUGAGGGCAGUGGAGCUAUGACAAUUAAUACUUACUGAGGAUCUGCCACUACCAUUUAAUCCGGUUAAAAGCAAUACCACAUAUGUCAGUAAUGCAAUAUUGAGAAUUGACUGACUCAGGGUGCAUUUUUUUUUAGAGGGAAGGAAAUAGGAGAUGAAUAAAUCAUUAUUGGAUCUAUUAUUAGAAAGAUUAUAUGCCAGAAUUUACCAUGUAAUUACCUGUGAUUUGCCUGUGCAUUGAGUUGCCAGCUAUAUGAUAUGCGGUCUGAGUGGGAAUGCAGCAAUGACCUGAGAUUCAUCAGUGUAGGGUGAGGAGUAGGGGCUGGGCAGAGCACCAGAACUGAGCUGCCAGUCACAGCCAGGUGAGAAGGGGCAGGAGAGAGGGGAUGAGCAAAGCAAAAGAACGUAGCUACUUGUUGCGGAUGUUGAUGCAUGAGAGGAAAAGAAAUUAGUGUAAUUGUCACAACCCAGGGGGAGUUUGCAGAUGCUGCAGUUAGAAAAAUUAUCUUUUUAUUGGCAAACUGAAUGAGUUUGACAAGGAAUGAAUGAAACACAAGAACGUGAAACCCCACAAUCCUAUUAUGUCAAAGUUCCUUCUCAGAGUAGAACUGUAAUUUAAGAAGAGAUGAGAAUUUACCUUUCUACCACCACUGUAUCUGAGUGCACGUGGAAGGAUCUAAAGGUGGACUGGAGAACACUCACCUGCUAACUGGGGCGUGUAACUAGAGAGCCAUGGAGUGGCGAGGAUGCCGACACCCCUCGCCUUCCCUUCCCCUGUGGGUGAUGGGAGAGGGAGAGAGAGAAAGGGAGGGGAAUUUGGCUCCUCUUGAUUUCCCUUCCCCCUCCCUCCCUGGGACAGGGGUUUGGCUUUAACUAGGUCUGAGCCCUGAGCCUCUCCUACCUGUUCCCACUGCAAUUGGAUGACUGGGGUCAUGACAGACCGACUGACUGGCUCCCACUUCCAGAGGCAGGGGAAGGAAGCAGAGGUUGUUUUUGCCCAUUGCUGGCUUGUAGCCAUUUUAGCUUUGUUCCAGCACCACCCUUUCACACCUUUAUUUCUGGAGUUGUUGGGCUGCUGGGGACUAUACUGAUCACCAGAUUUUUAUGGAGGGUCUGAAAGGGAUUUUUUUUCCCCCAUAUGGGAAAAUUGAGAAAUGACUGUGGGAUUUUUUCACCUUCCAUCUGGCAUCUUGGACAUCUGAUUUAGGGAUUUACAUUACAUUUGUCACAAUGUUGGCAAGCUCCAGUGUGGUUGGUGUGUUAAGAAAGGGUCUGAUGUGAGGUCUCUGUAACCCAAUGGGCUCAGAGCACAACAUUGCAUGGUAAGGAAGUAAGCCUUCAUGGCUCAUCUCUCCUAGCUCCAGCAUGGAGGAGAGGAAUGGGUUGGGACUCUAAUUGCCCUCCAGGGCAGGCCUGGGCAUGUAGAAGGGGAAUUGCCCUCAGACCCAUCCUAAGCUUUGUAGAAUCCAGGGCCCAGCUAAAUUCCACACUAGAACAGCCCUGCUGGGUAGUCCAGGGAGGUGUUCCUCAUUGCCUAAUAGUUUAAAAAAACAGAGGCCUCCACAUUUAACUAUACUCUGACAUAUGUGUCUCGCUUCAGUGUCCACAUCAGCAUAUUAGAAAGGGAAAAUCCUGCAUUUGUAGGCGAAUGGACAAGAUGAUUUAAUAGGUGUUUUCCAUUUCUAAUUGCUCUGACUACAUUUAGCACUGAUUCAAACUUACAGUUAAAUUAAAAACUUGGCCAAAUAAUCCAGCACAAAAUUCCACCCACUUUCAUCUAUUUUUGCGAUUUGUCAUCUCUUGAUAAAACAUUAUUUGUCAUUUGGGCAACUGGCUGAAUUUUUACCCAUUUAGCUUCACUGGGUCCUGUUUCAUCAACAGGCUGAAUUAGGCUGAGACAUGUUGUGUAGUGUAAAGUCUCUGAUGGAAGAUCAGACUAAAUGAAGGUGGUGGGGGAAUUUCAACAUGACAAAACCUUGAUCUGGCAUACAGGCAAGUGUGACGUGGACAGAAUCAGUGAUGGUAGCCAGUCUGUAUUUUCCAAAGCGCAGAAUGAGCUGAGAUUGAGUUGACUUUAUGGAGAAAAGGAGUAGCCUCAAACUCAAAAAUUCCGUAGCAUUCGCUGCUGUCCUAUUACCAGUUUCACUACAUCUUGUGCUUUGUAAAUUAUCGUAGUCACAUGCUUCUAUCAUGCUUUGUAUACAAACAGAAUCUACCUAUUUAAGGUUUCACAUCGCCCACAUGACAGUAGUAACUGUGUGCCUAAUGGACCUAUGAUGGUAUCCCACAUGAAUUAUCUUAUUGUUUUUAAGGGAAGUCAGAUUCCAUGAAGUGGCCAUUUUACAGGCUCAUAUUUGCCAUUGAUCAAAUACUUCUCUAAGGCCAGCAUUUUCAACUGGUUUUCAGUUGCUGUGUUUUCAGGUACAUCUCAACUUGGUAGCCAAAACCUGGGAUCCAAAUCCAUUUCUGAAAAUGUGUCUGUAAAUAAUUCUGAUCUGUACUGAGACCCACUACUAUCACGAUCCCAGCAACAAAAUUGUUGUUACAGUUUUAGACUAAAAAUUAAAACGAAUAAAGAAACCCAAAACAGGAACAUGUUAGUAAAAUAAUAUACUCCACAUUGUUGUUGUCUUAUGAAUCAAGAUGGUAAGUUUGCUAAACAAUUGAUGUGCUAAUGAAUUAGUAUAGACAUUAAAAUUAUUUUACUUUAAGACAAUCCAUCUGUUCUCAGAGCUUGUCCUUUAGUGUCGCUUUCUCUGACAAAAUAAAAGGAAAGUAAUUAUCCUAUCAAAGGCGAAAAAAGUAGGUCAGUGUAAGUUAUUGCAAAGUAAUGAAAUAAUGCUGAGUUGCUUCUUCACAAUACUUCCCACAGCAUCUGUAAAUAUGCUGAGAGCAUGUUUAUAUAAAGAUAUAGUUUCUAAGCCCUUAGUGGGACCACAGAUGCCCAAACCAGGACUUCUUGGAAUGAAGAAAUAAACCAGCUGUGUAAGCAUGUUUACUUUGCAAUGACAAGGACAUUCUGACUUGUCCACAAGAGAUGACUCACCAGUUUAGGUCUAUAAAAGUAAAGGUAUUUACACUCUAAAAAUCAGAGUUUCAGAACCCAAGAAUUCAGCAUGAUGCAUCCAAGCCUUGCAGCUGCCUUCCUUUUCUUGCUGGGCUUGUCAUAUUGUUUGACACUGCCUAUUCCCCAUGAAGACAGUGAUGAAUUCACAACAGAAGACCUCCAGUUUGCAGAGCGCUAUCUAAAGACACAUUACAACCUACGUUCCAGUCCUGCUGGCAUAAGGAAGAAGAAUGCCAACUCAGUGGCAGCCAAACUUCGAGAAAUGCAGUCUUUUUUUGGGCUGGAGGUGACUGGCAUAUUAGAUGAAGAAACAUACGAGCUGAUGCAACAGCCAAGAUGUGGUGUCCCUGAUGUGGGGGAAUACAACUUUUUCCCUAGAAAACUAAAAUGGUCAAAAAAUAAUUUAACAUACAGAAUUGUGAAUUACACUCGAGAUCUGACACGUGCUGAAGUGGACAGAGCAUUCAAAAAGGCAUUCAAGGUUUGGUCUGAAGUGACACCACUGAACUUUACUAGAAUUCGUAGUGGCACUGCUGAUAUCAUGAUUUCCUUUGGAACUAAAGAACAUGGUGACUUUUAUCCCUUUGAUGGACCUUCUGGAUUACUGGCUCAUGCUUUUCCUCCUGGACCAAAUUAUGGAGGAGAUGCCCAUUUUGAUGAUGAUGAAACCUGGUCAGCUGAUUCCAGAGGAUACAACUUGUUUCUUGUGGCUGCCCAUGAGUUUGGUCACUCUUUGGGACUUGAGCACUCCAGAGACCCGGGAGCUCUGAUGUUCCCUAUUUACACCUACACUGGCAACACUGGGUUCUUACUUCCUGACGAUGAUGUGCAAGGGAUCCAAGCUCUCUAUGGCGCAGGAGACAGAGAUCCCAACCCCAAACACCCCAAAACUCCAGAGAAAUGUGAUGAAAAUUUGUCACUUGAUGCAAUAACAGAACUUCGAGGAGAAAUGGUGAUCUUCAAGGACAGGUUCUUCUGGCGCCUACAUCCUCAGAUGGUUGACGCAGAACUGGUGUUAAUUAAGUCAUUUUGGCCAGAACUUCCAAACAAGAUUGAUGCUGCCUAUGAAAACCCCAUGAAAGAUCAUGUGUUCAUAUUUAGGGGCAAGAAAUUCUGGGCUCUGAAUGGCUAUGACAUAGUUGAAGGUUACCCUAAAAAAAUAUAUGAAUUGGGAUUCCCCAGAGAGAUGAAAACAAUAGAUGGGGCUGUCCACAUUCAAGACACUGGCAAGACUCUCUUUUUUACUGGAGACAAGUACUGGAGCUAUGAUGAAGAAAACCAAGUUAUGGAAAAAGGCUACCCCAGACUGAUAGAGGAAGAAUUCCCAGGAAUUGGCAAUAGAGUGGAUGCAGUCUACCAAAAAAAUGGUUACAUCUACUUUUUCAACGGACCACUGCAGUUUCAAUAUAGCAUCUGGAGUAAAAGAAUUGUUCGUGUCUUGAAAACUAACUCCAUGUUCUGGUGCUAAUCGCUUUCUACUUGGGUACCAUGCUGCAGGCUGUAGAACAGCCUACAGCAAAUGGAAAUAUUAUUGUGGGAAUAGGGAUUUAUAGAGAAUGAUUCUGUGAACAAACUCUGUUUAUCUACCACCAAAGCUAUACUGUAUAUAUGUGAACUAUAUCGCUUAUGUCAGUCUGGAACUGAAUUAAUUUAAUAGGAGGAGAGAGAAGAAAAUGAUUAGCAUUUCAAGGGACAUUAGACCAUUUAAAAUCAAUGCAGAACUAAACCAGAUCCCCCCUACAAGAUGCUGAAUGCAUCCUGUGAGAUUGCAAGUACAAACAACUCCAAUCAUUUGAGGGUGCUUAGCAUCUUGCAAGAGGUUCUCGGCACCUCUCAGGAACAGACCAGUGGUGACUGCUAUUUAAGUAAUUAGGGCUAAUCUUGCAGUCCUUACCUUAGGAAAAAAUCCAUUAGAUCAUUGGGAUUUCAUAGGUGUAAAGAAUGGGUCAGGACAGCAGGAUUGAUACCAGGAGUGUGGAGACACCAGCUUAAGAUAUUGGAGUUAUGGAAUAUGAAAAUGUUUUCAUACUGGCAUGUCCCCAUGGAAACCACUGACCAUGGCAUCUUUACAACAAGCCCGAGUGAGGAUGGCGAAACAGCAAGAUGCCUAAACUAUGCUCAGAGGAAACCAUUAGCCUGAAUGACACUGUAGAAGCCAGGAAGAGAUGGCAAACACCAAGAGUUAUGAGAUACUCAGGGAAGGAGGCUGUGAUCUAGCACUAAUAUAGAUCAAUUGAGAGCACCCCAGGCCUGAUCCACCCCUGCUGUAAACUGAUGCAGCUCCACUGAUGUUCAUUGGAGUGAUGCCGAUUUACAACAGCUGAGAAUAUGACCAUCCAUUUCAAAAUAAUGUUAAAAUGAUGCCUUUUGGUGUUAUAAAGUCAAAGUUUUUCACCCAUUUUAUAUUUAUUUCAAUUGUUCCAGUGCCUUACGAGUCCACUGUUUUUUCAGUCAACACAAACAAUGCAUGACUAUGUUUACUUUUCAACUUUAAAAGGUAUUAAAUAAACGGAAUGA